AAGCAGGGAAUGAUAAUAGCCAAUGACAUGAUCAGCUGGCCUAUAUUUGAAGUGUGAAUACCAAGAUAUUUGGCUGUAGCCUAUUGUAAAAUUAUAAGAUGGAGUUUAUUGGUGAAGUAGCCCAGAAAUAAGGAAGUAGGAGAAUAAGGAAUAGCUAUAUAUUAAGAAUAAAGUGUGACUGCGCUGUUGGGUAACAUGCAGACUAAAAGUAUUACAGUGUAACGUUAUACUUAUUGUACAACCAACUACAGUCACGUGACUGUGGUUAUUUGAAUUUAACUUAAAAUUACUUGGAUGCUGGUUGGUGGAUUCAUGUUAUCUCGGCCUCUACCUGCUGGAUAAGUUUGGUACCACAGCACCACACGGCGCCAUAUUAGACAGACAUUAUACUGGGGCGGAAUACGGACGAAGUCAAGGAAGGGGAGCGGUACUCCAGAUGUCAAGGGUACAAAGGCCUCAGUAGUCUAUUCGCAAAACACUCGAGGUAACUGCUGUAUGGUUGACAACGAGUAAUUGAGGUAAGAAUCUCGGGCAGCGUCGUCCGAGGCGUGCUGUUUUCCUCGUUGUUUAGCUAAGUUGCUGGGCAGACAUGACUUCCUUGGUUCAGCGGAGUUCGGGCCUUGUGCAGAGGCGGACCGAAGCUUCGCGCAACGCCGCUGACAAAGACCGUCCGUCCGGCGAAGAGGACCAUGAGCCCCGACGGGGAGACGAGCAGGACGAGGACGAUACCGGAGACUCCAAAGAAACACGUCUUACCCUGAUGGAAGAAGUGCUGUUGUUAGGGCUGAAGGACCGAGAGGGCUACACCUCAUUCUGGAAUGACUGCAUUUCAUCGGGGCUGCGAGGCUGCAUGCUGAUAGAACUGGCUCUCCGAGGACGGCUUCAGUUAGAGGCUUGUGGCAUGCGGAGGAAAGGUCUGCUGACCAGAAAGGUGAUUUGUAAGUCGGACGCUCCAACAGGUGACGUGCUCCUGGACGAAGCCCUCAAACACAUCAAAGACACCCAGCCGCCAGAGAGCGUGCAGAGCUGGAUCGAACUGCUCAGCGGAGAGACGUGGAACCCUCUGAAGCUCCAUUACCAGCUGCGGAACGUCCGCGAACGGCUGGCCAAAAACCUGGUGGAGAAAGGCGUCCUCACCACCGAGAAGCAGAACUUUCUGCUUUUUGACAUGACCACGCAUCCUCUCACCAACAACAACAUCAAGCAGCGUCUCAUCAAGAGGGUGCAGGAGGCUGUGCUGGACAAGUGGGUUAACGACCCCCAGCGCAUGGACAAGCGUCUGCUGGCGCUUAUCUUCCUGGCCCACUCCUCGGACGUCCUGGAGAACGCCUUCGCCCCGCUGCUGGACGACCAGUAUGACCUGGCCAUGAAGAGAGUGCGGCAAUUGCUGGAACUGGAGCCCGAGGGGGAGAGCCUGAAGGCCAACGCCAACGAGCUGCUAUGGGCCGUGGUGGCUGCCUUCACCAAAUGAGCCCGCCACAGCGGGGACAGCGAGUGCUCAUGGCAUUCAAGGGGCAUUGUGCUUUGGGGCAGGAAACCGUAGUACUGACCCCAACGUGGUGACUUGACUGAAUUACAGUUUACCCCCUGCCUGGACUUUUGGAAUGGGCUUCCCUCUUUUCUUUUUUCUUUUUCAUCCCUCUUGUCGUCCCCCCCCCCCCCAAAAUCAUCAUUUAUGUUCAAUUUUGCUAAAAAUAACUCACAUGGUUGAGGAUGAAAUGGGUGAGGCCAAAUGAAGAUGUUGGUUCAUAUCCUCUUUUAUUUUCUAUCGGGUAUGUCUUUCUAUGGUCAUGUUUUCUUAGAGGUACGGCACAGGUUACUCAAGGUAGCAUCCUGAUACACGCCAGGGAAUAAAAUAACCCACCGGGAUGUACGUGCACGGAUCCGUACAGGGCAGUGAUGCCGUAAAGGAAAGAACGGUGAGAUGAUACUAAUGUCAAGUCUCUCCAAGUCCAAAAGGAUACCAUCUACCACAUGUGAUUCAAGUGUAUGGAUGUGAUGUUUAUGGUGUCACAGCAUUCUUUUGACUUUCAAAUCAAGUACUGGGAGAAAACUAAUGCGAUCAGAUCUGAAAGUCUGAGUCGAUUGAUGCCCCUUUAUCCAUCCAUCCACACACAUAUAAAUAUAUACAGAUAGAUAUAUAUAUGUACUUGUUUAUCCUGUUCAGGGACGCCAGGGGGCAGGAGAUUGUACCAGCUCUCACUGGCCAGGGGAGGUGACACGUCGCCAGUAUAUCACAGGCCUGAGACGGAGACAAACGGCCAUUUACUUUCCAGUUCACCUGACCUGCAUGUCUUUGGACUGUGCGAGGGAAGCCCAUGCAGGCACUUGAAAACAUUAUCCUAGCUCCACACAACUGCCUGCUGGCUUUGGAUUGGAAGAUUUCCAUGGUGCAACAGCGCCAACUGAGCCAUCAUGCUGGCUUACAUUCCAUCCUUUCUGGCUCAGAGUUUUGGGGAAGAUCAUUUGUUUGUACAACAGGACUAUAAGCCUGCACGAGCAUGGACACAUACGUCCCUGCAAUGUGGAGUGGGACAUAUCAGUUUCCUUAGACUUCUACCCUGUUGAAUAUUUGGGGUAAAAACAUUUCAAAUGAAAGAACAUCAUUAGACAGACUUGUUUGGUGCAUUGGGUAAAAUAGUGCUGGAAUAAUAUAAAUCCUAAAGUUACCGUAGAAUGGAUGGGGCUAAUAGAAAUAUAGAUAGGUGAUGCUUUUUUUUUUUUAAGUCAUUUUUUGCAGUAAAACAUCAUUUUUGGUUUGUAUCUCAUCACUGUGCACUGUCAAAAUGUGUGCAUGUCGAAUAGAACCCAGCUUACAUUCAGAAUUCCAGUAUGUAAUAUCUGAAUGGUAACGGUUGGAAGCAAGCACCUCCAGGUGCAACAUCAUCUCCUUGAAAAGAAAUGGCUCUAAAAUGUGUAAUUGAAAGGAUUUGGUACUAUCAACUAACACAGCAUUAGUGGCUGUUAAGGAUCAAAUUGAAUUAUUUAGUGGCAGAAACAAACUCAGGAAAGAAAACUUAAUUAAUGCCAGCUGCCUUUUGUUAGCAAAAUUCAAAUGGACAAAAUUUACCCUCACGAGUGAAUGCCAAUAUAAUAAUCCCAUAUGAAAUGAUCCAAAUGUCCUUAAGCUGAAGAAAUACAUUGGUGAUGAUCUUCUCCUCAGCUUUUGGGUUUGUGUAUGCUACCCAGACUUGAUAACACGACUACGCUCAUGCAUGUGAAGAUAAAUGGGAUUUUCAACUUUUCUCCAGUACAAGGAUAGGUCUUGCAUAUGAUAUAUUGUCUGUAUUUAAACAUACAGAAAACGAGACCUAUUUUUAGAGAACUUGGGAGCUGUUGUAGAUGUUAGAGCUCGGCCUACUGCAGACAACAAAUCCAGUCUUAGUGGACCAGCCAGCACACACUAUACCAUAUGGAAUUGUUGGCAGGUUUCCCCUGCCUCCAGCCUUUAAGCUUGGCUGAACGUGCUCCAGGCCUAUCUCUGUCUUGGAGGGAAAGAGCUGAAAUCGAUCUUGAUCUUCUCAUGCGAGUGGGGGCUUGUGGCACACGAGAGCAUUUCCUAACCGUGUCAGCGAUGCUUAAAUGUGCCGAUUGUUUGCUUCACGUUGCAGCAACUUGUAAAAUAAAUCUAUUGUACUCAACUUAACUUUAAAAACAAUCUGGAUUAUCUACCAAUUUUACCAAAGUCUAAUCCGACUAAUCAAAAGAUGGGCUCACAUUCCAGAUGUUGCGUGUAAUUGUAUUAGGCACAAACUCAAAGGACAUCUUGUCCCAGUAUGUUUUACAGUUCAGAUGUUCUAAAACAUCCAUCAAAGCCUUUUCACCAUGAACCAUACUUUGCUCUUAAUUUCAUAUUGCCUCAAUUUUAUGAAUUUUGUUUUCACACUUGUUUAGCUGAUCUGUUUUAAUACAACUUUUGCUACGCCGCUUAAUGAAUCUGGUGAAAGACGUUGCUUUAUGACAGACAGUCUCCCUCUGGUGUCUUAUGUAGCAAAGGGUUGGGAGUGAUCAGUCAGUGAUCCUGGGACAAGAGAACUGACCAGGAAGAGGUUUAUGCAUCAGAAAACGCCUCAAACUGCAGAGUGACUAUGAGAGAUUAUAUGUUAUCUAAAUAAAGGGACCUGUAGUCUGUGUACUUUCAUUCACCCUAGAAAAUAAACCAAGAGCUUGGAAGUGCCUAAUCAUA